UACACCUCGGUAGCUGACCUCAUUUCCGGAACAAUGGCUGCCAAAACAAUGGCAAGAAUGUUUACAACCUCCGAACCCAAUUUAACUCAGCUCCUAAAAUAUAAAGCCCGGGUGUUUAGGCUGUCAGGUGUUUUGUGAACUAUGCCGUGAAUGAUGAGCCGCGGUAUUUAUUUAUGAAGUGCGACACCGCUAACUUAGUUUGCUAAUUCUACUUUGGUAGCUUAGCCACAACAGGUGCUAACUGGACCCGAACCCGGAGCACAGAAUGCCAAGCACGAGACCGUUUUAGUCAGAUCCUGAUGCAUUAGAAUUAACGAGCUCGACAGCCACAUUGCAUACAAUAAGCCUGGCUGGCUAUCCUGUCUUAUGCUAGCAGAGUACAGAGCACUGAGCGCGCAAAAAUGUCCAGUCCAAACGCGAACCCUGCAGUGGCACCUGGGAGCGGAGAGAAGGUGGAUCAGGUCAUGCAGCCGGUUCUGUUCGAAAUCUUUGGGGAGAUCUGGAAGGUGCAGGCUCGGCUGGGACAGGGAGGUUCUGCUUCUGUGUACCGGGUGAGCUCGGCCAGGUCCAGCUCUGCUGCUGUGAAAGAGUUUCUCCUGGAUGCACAAGGCGGAGAUUACGGCUAUCUCAAAGAAAGAUCCGUGCUUGAGGACAUCCAGGGCCACAAAAAUAUCGUGACGCUCUAUGGCGUGUUCACCAAUCACAACCCGCUCGGCAUAGCGACCCGCUGCUUGCUGCUGGAGCUUCUCGAUGUGAGUGUGUCGGACUUGCUGGUGAGAGGCAGCAGCCAGGGUCACUCCAUGUGGCUGAUCCAGCACUGUGCCCGUGAUGUCCUGGAGGCGCUGUGCUUCCUGCACCGAGAGGGAUACGUGCACGCUGACCUCAAGCCACGCAACAUUCUCUGGAGUCCUGAUGACGAGUCCUUCAAGCUCAUCGACUUUGGGCUCAGCUUUAAAGAGGGGCACCAGGAUGUGAAGUACAUCCAGACAGAUGGAUACCGAGCUCCUGAGGCUGAGCUGCAGAACUCUCUGGCUCAGGCAGGACUGGAGGGAGACUCGGGCUGUACCACUGCCGUGGAUCUGUGGAGCCUGGGCAUCAUUCUGCUGGAAAUGUUCUCAGGAAUCAAACUAAAAGAAACCGUCAAGUCUCAGGAAUGGAAGGACAACAGUGCUGCAAUAGUGGAUCACAUCUUUUCUAGCAAUUCGAUGGUGUACCCUGCUAUCCCUGUCUAUCAUCUGAGAGAUCUCAUCAAAAGCAUGCUUCACCACAACUCGAAGCUCAGAAGCACAGCCGAAGCUGCACUGAUCAGCCCCUUCUUCAGUAUUCCUUUUGCUCCUCACAUUGACGACUUGGUUCUGCUGCCUACGCCCGUCCUCAGACUGCUCAACGUAAUCGAUGACAGUCAUUUACACAACGAUGAUGAAUAUGAAGACAUUAUCGAGGACAUGCGAGAAGAGUGUCAGAAAUAUGGAUCGGUCUUAUCGCUGUUGAUUCCGAAAGAAAAUCCUGGAAAAGGCCAGGUCUUCGUCGAGUAUGCAAACGCUGGAGACGCCAAAGAAGCCCAGAGGCUGCUGACAGGCCGCACUUUCGACGGCAAAUUUGUUGUGGCCACUUUCUAUCCGCUGAGUGCCUAUAAAAGAGGUUAUCUGUACCAGACCGUGCAGUGAGGGGCUAACACAAUAACGAUAAUCUACACAACCCGUUCCAGUGUGAAGCCCAUCCUGUUAUCACGGAUCAUCUUUACUAUAAAAGAGUUUUGGUGUGCUUUAAUACACAUACAGUUUUGGAUACAUAUCGGUACGCGAACGUUUGCUUGCUUAUGUAAUGCAAUAAGGAAGUGUGACGCUUUAGAGAUCAGCAGGAAAUAUCUUACAAAAUCUGAUUGUGACACCGACACUGCUUUCACACAAUCAGUUCAGUUUUCUGCUUGAAUUCGUGCUGUUUCUGAAAACCACUCACUUACACUUACAUUUGGAUCCGGAUCGUGUCCCGAUAAGAUUUUAAGCGUGUCUUGUAGUCUCAAUACGGUCUGACUGAAAUCUUUUAGCUGUGUUAGAUGUUAAUAUGCAAAUUACGUCCAAGUAAAUCUGCAUUUACGCUUCUUGCUCGUAAUCUACAUCUGGAUACAAUCCCCGAUACACAUGAAACUCCUUUCUGUCUACUCGUUUCGUGAUUAUCUGAAGUCUGUAUACAUUAUUAGCAAAAACAAAAAGCUUGCUACUCCUUGCACAGUGUAGAAUAUUUUCAAUCUACUUUAAAGUGGCAGAAAUGUUACAGCACAAAAUGUAACAAAGGGGGAUAAUGGAGUUCUCUCUUUCUACUAGAAUUAUGAAGAAGGAAAUUUACUGCAGGACUAUUUUUAAGUGUCACAUCAGUUUUAUUGGCAGUUUGUUCGCCGCUCCUUUUGCUAUAGAACUCAUGCCGUGAUUUUGAGGUCAUGUGUAAAAUCUUUUGUUUUGUAAAAGAAGAUACAUGAGGCCAUCUGGGAAAACCUGGCUAAAUUUCUGGCUAAAAUUAUACGUCUUUCUUUGGAGACAACCGCUUUAGGAAACCACAAAUAUAUUCACACUAAAAUGAAGCUAAAUUUUCCUGUUUUUAGCCGAUCUUGCAGUUCUUUAAGGAUCCGUUUACACAAAUGCAUGGGUAAAAACCUCACUCCUUAAGAGAGAACGUCCUCACACAGCAAAUGUCACGCUUUAUCAAGUUGUCCCAUGGCUACAUGCGGUCAAGAAAUGAACUCAAUUCAGUCUGUAAUCAUAUACCGGCUGUGCCUUUAAAAGGAAUUUGAUUAUGAUCUCUCUUCUGUUGAACCUGAACUGAAUCUCUCAGGCUUAUGUAGGUACUUGAAUGGUUUUCCCAGGCUGCCGCACUCUCCCGUUUGCAUUAAUCACACUGAACCCUUCUUCUGCUCUCUUCGUAGCAGCUCUUCACUGUGGUGCUUUGAUAUUAGUGAUAUUAGAUAUCAUACAUUGUGCAUGCUGCUGUGUUCACAGUGAUGCUUCACCGCGGUUGCAUAAUAGUUUUGUUUUUGUUCGAAACUCUAGAUGAUUCUCAGUUUAUUUCACAAUCCUUUUUUAUUAUUAUUAUUAUUAUUAUGGUUCUGCUUAUUAAGCUUUCCAUACUAGUUCUCUUAUCGGUAUUCGAGAGUAUAAACGAAAACCACAAUCAGGGAUUUUCAGAUAUAGCAGAUGGCUAGCUCUGGCACUGAAUAGUACAAAUAAGAAGCAGGUCUCCGUGACCCGAAGAAUAAAAUGGUCGUUCGAUUAUAUCCGUCCCGGAGAGACUGUGUGUCAAAGAAAAUGUUUUAUGAUAACUUCUGGUUGUGAGAUUUUUUUUCUUCCCCCUCUCUGUAGUAGCUAUAAAAGUUUGCAUGACUUUAUUGAAGCUGUUGAAAGCUCUGCCCAGUGAGUGGUGACUUUGACCCUGCAGUCGCUUUCGGAUCAAGAUAAAGUCUUCCUGGUGUUCGCGAUCGUGAGGAAAAAAUAUAGCAAGCUGUAGACAAUUAUUUUUUUUGUGCUAAGGGUUAAAGGUUGCACAUGUUACUACUGAUUGAAGUGUGUUACCGCGUCGUUUUGGGGAAAGGUGCGGGAUGAACAGGGUACUUUUUCUUUUUCUUUUCUUUUUUUUUUGCAGCGCAUACAUGAGCUGAGCGAUUACUCUUGAAGCUAGAGGUGUAAUGAGUAGUGUUGAAUAAAGCGGAGAGCGUAGCAGUGUUUGGAGUGCUAGGAAGCGAGUUAAGCGCGUUAAUACAGAAACACAUUUUAUAGGUCUAUUUGGAUGACGUGAUUAGUUGAAGAAGGAUAAAAAGGGACGUGCUUAAAGACUCAGCUUGGUGCUGCUGGGAUUCAGACUCUUUCUAUCAUAUAUAUAUAUAUAUAUAUAGAUAGAUAGGGUGUAUACAGGGUGUAUCCUGCCUUGAUGCCAGAUGAUGCCUGAGAUGUGAGAGCACAGGCUCCCCAUGACCCGAGGAUAGUUCGGAUAAUGGAAUGACAAAAGAUACGUAUAUAUAUAAAUAUAUAUAGUCAGCAUGUCACUGCUUUUGUUUUUCGGAUCGUUACUUUGGCUAUGUUUAGUGCUAGGCGUUUAAUAAAUGAUUAUUACUAUUUUUUAAAUAUUAAAUUACACUGCAGGAGUAACAGGUUUACUGAUGUCUACAAAAACCUGGCUCUUCACUUUUGACACAGCACUAGUGCGCUUGGCAUGACCAGGCAUAACAUUAUGACCACCUGCCUAAUAUUGUGUUGGUUCCCAUUUUGCUCUCAAACCAGCCCUGACCCGUCAUGCACUGAAACCUUUCUAUCAGAACCAGCAUUAACUCCUUCAGCAAUUUGAACAACAGUAGCUCGUCUGUUGGAUCGGAUCACGUGCAUCAGUGAGCCUUGGCCCGUCCAUGACCCUGUCACCAGUUCACCUCUGUUCCUUCCUUGGACCACGUUUGAUAGAUACUGAUCACUGCAGACCGGGAACACCCCACAAGAGCUGCAGUUUUGGAGAUGCUCCGAUCCAGUCGUCUAAGUAUCACAAUUUGUCCCUUCAUCAAACUCGCUCAAAUCCUUACGCUUGUCCAUUUUCCCUGCUUCUAACACAUCAACUUUGAGGACAAAAUGUUCACUUGCUGCCUAAUACAUCCCACCCACUAACAGGAGCCAUGAUGAGGAGUGUUAUUCUCUUCACCUGUCAUAAUGUUAUGCCUGAUCAGUGUAUAUGAACGUUUUUAUAUUUAUAAAUCUUUAUAUCACAUAAAGAUUUGUCCAAAUUAAUUUCAUGAGCCAAGUAAACAAGAGUACUCUAAAGCCACUGUGACUCUAGUAUAGACUGUUUAAUUUUAUCCACCCUGCUGAACGAGGAGUGAUACCAUUUAAACAAACCCAUGAUGAGUAAGAAUCCAACAAAGCAUACUGAUACUAGAGAUAUCUUUUUGACGUGUGGCACAUUAAUCACAGGUUAAAUUCCGAAAGGAUCUGUAAAGCUUUGUCAGCAGGUGCUGCCUUUGAACACCUUCGCUCUGAUUAGCCUGCCUCUCUCUGCUAUGUGAGGCGGAACAGGUGAAGGCAUAUUUGCAUAAGUGGUCAGACCGGGUUACUGAGGGCUGAUCUCAUUCAUCACAAAGACAUGAACAAUGGAAAAAAUGGGCAGGUCUCGGUUUUGGUUUAAACUUUGUUUUGCGUUACGCCAGUUGUUAUGAAGAAAGCUUUUUAAAAAUAGACCUGAAUACAUUAUUAUGUGUAUAGGAUAUCCCAAAAGGGGAGUGUGUGUGUGUGUGUAAGAGAGAAAGAAACAGAGAGCACGUGUGAGUGUGUGUGCGUGCGAGUGUGUGUGUGAGAAAGAAACAGAGUGUGUGUGUGUGUGUAUGUGAGAGAGAAGCAAAGAGUGUGUGCAUGUGUGAGAGAGUGAGUGUGUGUGAAAAAGAAGCAAAGAGUGUGUGUGUUAGAAAGAAGCAAAAAGUGCAUGCCUGUGUGUGAGAGAGAGAAGCAGUGUGUGUGUGUGUGUGUGUGUGUGUGUGUGUGUCAGAAAGAAGCAAAGAGUGAGUGAGUGUGUGUGUGUGUGUGUGUGUGUGUGUGUGUCAGAAAGAAGCAAAGAGUGAGUGAGUGUGUGUGUGUGUGUGUGCUCGCAAGAGUUUGUGUGUAUAUGAGAGAGAAACAGAGUGUGUGCGUGUGUUUUUUCCGUGAGGGUGUUUCUGCAAGAGAGUGUAUGUGCAAGUAUGUGUGUGUGUGCGCAUUCACGCAGGGGUGUGUGUGUGUGUGUGAGUGUGUCCUGUCACCUCACACGACGUCUGGUUGGUUUCCGAGAGUGUGUAUACAGGUCAGUGUAGUUUUGGGUUUUCUCUGGAAACAGUGAGUAGGAAGUGAUGCAGCGGAUCAUGUCAGUCAAGCUCGCCCACACAAAACACGCUAAAUCCUACCUACCUUAGGUAUUUAAGCUAUUUAAGAGAUUUACACAUUAUUUCUGCAUGACUGUGUAGUAGAGGUUCUCUGAUAUAAUAUAUCCGGUCAACUCAGCUAUCCGUAUAUUCUGAAUUUGAAUCACAGCAUCAUCGUAAGCGUUGGUUAAAGACGUUACAUCAGCAGUUCCUUCACAGUACUGGGUGAUACCACAAGAUUUUUGGAUAUCAUCAGAUCACAGACUUUUUUUUUUUAUAUAUAUAUACUACUAAAUGACAUUUAGCACAAAAUAUUUAGAACAUGUAUAAUAAACCAUGGUCUUAUAUUAAAAACGUCUUUUAGUAUGCGGUAUUGCCAAACGUAUUGGGACACCCUUCCAAAUCAUGGAAUUCAGGGGUUGGGCUCGGUCCCUUAGUUACAGUGAAAGGAACUCAGCUUCAUACCAAGACAUUUUGGACAAUUUCAUGCUCCCAACUUUGUGGGAACAGUUUGGGGAUGAACCCCUUCCUGUUCCAACAUGACUGAACACCAGUGCACAAGGCAAGGUCCAUAAAGACAUGGAUGAGAGAGUUUGGUGUGAAGGAACUUGACUGACCUCAACCUGAUAGAACACCUUAGAGCAGAGACUGUGAGGCAGGUCAAAACUGGGACGUCUGUCUUUACAUCCACAUGAAUGUAAUAUGGAGUUGUCCUAACCUUUACAGCUAUAACAGCUUCAAAUCUUCUGGGAAGGCUUUGUUCCUCUAGAAGCGCAUUUGUGAGGUCAGGCACUGAUGUUGGACAAGAAGACCUGGCUACAAGUCUCCACUCUUUAUGGACCUUGCUUUGUGCACUGGUGUACAGUCGUGUUGGAACAGGAAGGGGUCAUCCCCAAACUGUUCCCACAAAGUUGGGAGCAUGAAAUUGUCCAAAAUGUCUUGGUAUGAAGCUGAAGCAUUAAGAGUUCCUUUCACUGGAACUAAGGGGCCGAGUCCAACCUCUGAAAACCAUCACCUGAAUUCAAUGAUUUGUUGGGGUGUCCCAAUACUUUUGGCGAUAGCGUACACCACAGUGCCGUUAAAUCCUGGUCAGAUGGUGUUGAUUCAUAUGGUAGAUCCUGCUAGAUGCUUUAUUUUAAUACACUCGUCCUAAUACCCUUCUAUAAUAACGUACAUCACAGAUGAUGCACAUAAGCUAAAUUGUUAAUAUGGUGAAAUUUGUUUUUGUAAGUUGACGUUUAUUUAAAAUUUAUGAUAGCAGCCGGAGGUGAAGCUGUAACUUUAUGUUCUUCAUCAUUCUUCAGGAUGGAGGAUGACGUGUUUGGUAUUUCAGUAACAUAACAAGCUGCACUGUUGCCUUGUCUUAUUAAGCUCGAGAGAGAAAUAAAAGUGAGGCUGGUUAGGUCAUGACUGAGCGAUAACAGGAACUUUUGAAGACGUUCCACAGUAUAAAAGGUAACGAUAACCAGGUUCAAGAUUGUGCCAUGUUGUUCAUUAACGAAUAAAAUUUGUAAUUUUGAAAAAAAAAAAAUUGCUGUAGACGAGGAACAAAACACUUUAUUACACGAUGCUUGUGUGUCAGGGUUGCAUCACACCAUGCUGAAUUAUUAAUGAUUGUCCUAGAAUAGCAAGCAAAGGUGUGUUUGCUGCUUACUAAUUACACACUCCUAGUGCUUCCUCAAAGCAUCUGUCGUGUACGACCUUCUCUUUCCAAGUAACUGAAGGAGGAAAUGAGCUCGCCGGUCCUCUGGAACAGCUUUAAGUUCUCAAUAGUCACACACCAGCACAUAAAUCACCAUCUGCCUGGAUUGUUGCUAACGAUAAUAUGAUAUGAUUGAUACCUCUGUGUGUGUGUGUUGGAAAAGGAGGCAGCGAAAGAGUGUAGUAGGUGUGAAAUCAGCAGAAAGCACACCCAUGUAUUGUGAAAUAUUUGCCUAAAAUCCUCAGUCAUGUCGUUGUAGCCCAGUACUGUGAUUGGAAUUCAAUAUUAUAUAUUUAUCUUAAUGGUAAAUAACAUAUGCAGAGAUGAUUAGCCACGGUAGAAUAUUUUUUAUUAUUAUUAUUUUUUUUGGGGGGCUUAUAUGGCAGCUUAUAUGCAGCCAAAAUCGUUCAGGAUCAAAAAGCACAAAUAUACGCAUCGCUGCCUUCUAGAGAAAUUCUACACUGUGUAAAAAUUGUGCAAUCAGCCGUGCCAAAAAAAUUCGACCCGGACUGACGUUCCGAGUCAAAAUAAAUAAAUAAAUAACGGCAGCAAAAAAAAUAAAUAAAAAAUGACCCGAGGUCGCUGUGAAGCUCGCACCCUGAGUGUGUGAGAUUUAACUCCCAGGGCUCGGAUACUAGUCUGCAGCCUGCUUUUAGUUACAAACACUGAAAAGAGAAAGGGUGAAGUUACUUUCUUGAGAAAUAAAACACAAAGAAAGAAGCAGCACAGAAUGAGGACGUUCACCCAGGUGUGGAAGCAGAAAGCGCCAAACUUCCUUCCCCUCGGGUUGAGUUCGACGUGCGCUCCUUUCUGAAUUCUGCCGAACAGACACAAAGGCACCGCUUCAUAUCGUACCCUCGUAAUCAAUUAUAAAUUAGCGGGUUAAUGUGAUGAUGAGUGGGGUGUUACAUUGCUACUGACACUCCACUACUCUAAUGUAUGCAAAAGAGCUUCUAGACAUGGAUUUAUUCCGAUGAAAAAGUUUGUGAAGCUAAGGAUGAACGCUGGGUAUGUGUUGCAGUAGAACGACCCGACGUGAAACAUUAACAGAUUUUUUUGCAUUUAUUUGAUAUUUUUAGACUUUCUUUUAAUAGAUUUAGCAGCUGAAAGAGCAUAUCUAAACAGGAAAUAGAUGGAAAUAUGUGAAAAAUGUGAAUUUGUUUAGAUGUAGUAAGUGGUCAGUGAUGUACACUGUGUUUCUGGAGAAACAGGAUGGAACUGGUUUUUCCUGCAGCUUUACAAGUAUAGUGCCCUGUUUUUCUAGAAACUUCAUACGUCAAUGAACUCUUAAUGCAGCUUAUUAAUUACUCGUGUACACUGCAGUUACUCCAUAUAUAUAUAUAUAUAUAUAUAUAUAUAUAUAUAUAUAUAUAUAUAUAUCUAUAUAAUAUAUAUAUACACCAAUCAGGCAUAACAUUAUGACCACCUGCCUAAUAUUGUCGGUCCCCCUUUUUGCUGCCAAAACAGCCCUGACCCAUCGAGGCAUGGACUCCACUAGACCCCUGAAAGUGUGCUGUGGAAUCUGGCAACAAGAUGUUAGCAGCGGAUCCUUUAAGUCGUGUAAGUGUCCUUACAACUUAUAGGAAUUUAAGGAUACUUACAGGACUUUUGAUAGAUACUGACCGCUGCAGACCGGGAACACCCCACAUUUUGGAGAUGCCCUGAUCCAGUCGUCCAGCCGUCACAAUUUGACCCUUCGUCAAACUCGCUCAAAUCCUUACGCUUGCCCAUUUUUCCUGCUUCUAACACAAAGGACAAAAUGUUCAUUUGUUGCCUAAUAUAUCCCACCCACUAACAGGUGCCAUGAUGAGGAGAUCAUCAGUGUUAUUCACUUCACCUGUCAUAAUGUUAUGCCUGAUCGGUGUAUGCUUGGGUCCUAUGUCUGAGGCCAUUGUCUGGGCGUAUAAUAUUGAACAUAUGAUUAACGUCUUUGAACAAAAAGGCCAGUUUUUCCUUGUGUCUUAUUCCAACUUUAUAACACACGCCCAGGUGACACUCUCAUGGAUUUGAUUAAACAGGAACCGUCCGGUUUUACACACACUUGUGGAGUCCAGGCCAGCUUGAGUGCACUUAUUAAAGCAAAAUACUAUGAAAUACAUGGAGCCUACUUAAUAAUAAAUUCAUUAUAAUAUAAUUUGUAAUGAAUAUGUUGUUUUCAGUUAGAAAAGAAUGCAAAAUAGAAAGGUUUGCACUGUUGGUCUCAGACUUUUGGACCCUGCUGUAUUUUGUGUGUGUGUGUGUACAAAUUAGAAAGGUAAAGCCGGAAAAUCUGAAUCGUUUGACAGGACAUCACAUGCCUAGAGAGUCUUGCUGUGAAUUUGGGUUUAUUCUUUCAUAAAUAGAGCAAGUUGAUUCUUGCGAUCGUACCAGCUGUCACUCAGUGCAGUUAGAUUUGAAAAUUGCACAAUAGUGUGGAAAUAGUGUGUUCAUUUUAUUACACAGAGGAGCAGUUCUUUAUUUAUUUAUUUUUCAUUUUUUAUAAUAGUUGAAAUUGAUAUUUACCUCAGCUAAAAAUGUGCUCCAAGGAAUUUACCAGAAGGUACUGAGUUAUGCAAAGCUUUAACAUUAUAAUAGAAGAGUGAAAAUACGGACUGAUAAACACUUUCACAGAGAUUCAUGAAAUACUCCAGUCAUUUGAAUCCACAGCAUCUGCCUGUGUGUGUGUGUGUGUGUGUGUGUGUGACUUUCUAUUACACAAAUUGUGUCUAUCCACAAAUUCUGUCAUUGCGUUAACUCUACAGAACCUAAAACCCCCAAAUUUAUAACUCAAGUUUAAAACCAUGUCUGUUCUUAACAAUUCUAUAAAAUUCUAACUUAAAAUGAUAUAAUAACUAGAACUAUUCUAAAUUACUCUGACCAUUCAAACUCGAAUGAUUCUAAAUCUAAAAGUUCUAAUAAUUCAAACUAAUGAUUGUAGGUCUGUAAGUUCUAAUGAUUCUAAAUCAAACACAUCUAAUGAUUCAAACAUGAACAAUUCUAAAUCUGAAAGUUCUAAUGAUUCAAACUCGAAUGAUUCUAAACCUAAAAGUUGAAAUUAUUCACACUUGAAUGAUUCUAAAGCUAAAAGUUGUAAUGAUUCUAACUAAUGAUUCUAAAUCUAAAAUUUUUAAUGAUUUACACUAACGAUUCUAAAUCUAAAAGUUCUAAUGAUUCAAAUGCUGAGAAUUCUAAAUCUAAAAGUUCUAGUGAUUCAGACUAAUGAUUCUAAAUCUAAAAGUUCUAAUGAUUCAGAUGCUGAGAAUUCUAAAUCUAAAAGUUCUAAUGAUUCAAACUAAUGAUUCUAAAUCUAAAAGUUCUAAUGAUUCAGAUGCUGAGAAUUCUAAAUCUAAAAGUUCUAGUGAUUCAGACUAAUGAUUCUAAAUCUAAAAGUUCUAAUGAUUCAGAUGCUGAGAAUUCUAAAUCUAAAAGUUCUAGUGAUUCAGACUAAUGAUUCUAAAUCUAAAAGUUCUAAUGAUUCAGAUGCUGAGAAUUCUAAAUCUAAAAGUUCUAGUGAUUCAGACUAAUGAUUCUAAAUCUAAAAGUUCUAAUGAUUCAGAUGCUGAGAAUUCUAAAUCUAAAAGUUCUAGUGAUUCAGACUAAUGAUUCUAAAUCUAAAAGUUCUAAUGAUUGAAACUCAAAUGAUUCUAAACCUAAAAGUUGAAAUGAUUCAAACUAAUGAUUCUAAAUGUAACAAAUCUUAUUAUUCAAACUCGAAUGAUUCUAAAUCAAACACAUCUAAUGAAUCAAACAUGUGCAAUUCUAAAUCUAAAAGUUCUAAUGAUUCAAACUCGAAUGAUUCUAAACCUAAUGAAUCUAGUGAUUUUAAAUAUUCUCAUUUGAAGAUUUUGACUCGAAUCAUUCUAGUCUAAUAACUCUAAAGCUAUCCAUUUUAAAUCUUAGUAUGAGAAAGACUAAGUAAUCGCUCUCUCAAACACACACACACACACUACAGAUGCCCUGGAAAAGUAAUUCUUUAAGAGUACAGUUACUGAAAUGAAAUGCACUUGUAAUAUCCGAUGCACUCAGAAUGCACAGUGACAAAAAACACGAAAGCUUUCUGGACAUCGCCUAAUAACCAGACAUUCAUUAUUAUUAUUAAAACUCAUGUGAAUCCCAGUUCUUCUGCGAAUCCUAAAGCUUCCGUGUGUUUUGACAAUCAUGAUUUCACCCUGCUUUCCUGUUUUAUUAUCAGCUCAGUGCACUGUACUGUAUAUUACUGCUGUGUGAGGUGAGAACCUGGAGUCUGAAGCUGUUACAACGUAGGAUAUUAUACUAAACUGAGUGAGGUAUCUUUAUUAUGAAUAUAAAGCUAUGCUGUAUGUAGACGGAUUAGGCUUAGUUUCCUGAAAGCGCUGUAGCUUAAGAUUCAUAUUCGAGAGAGAGCAUUUGUGUGCUGUUCAUUAGACAAAGGCUCUGUGGAGUAUUUCUCUACUGUUUGAAGCUACAGUGUAUUUGUGGAAAUUUGUGCCAUUUUUAAGCACGUGUCCAGGACUCUGUAUUGACCGAGUGAUGCUCAUGUUUCUCACAAUAAAAAUGUCACGAACAA